GCAACUGUAUUUCCGGUUCAACCGUAGAUCAGACCCCGUAUUUGGGCUACAGGCCCAACCUAAUCAGAAUUUUGUAAGCCUGGUCUUCGAUGAAAGUGAAAGAGAGAACUAGCUGUUUGUGUGUGGGCGUGUGUGUUCCACAUUGGAUCUCUGUCUCUCUCUUUCUCUCUCUCUCUCUCUCUCCCUCUCUCUGUGCGCGGACUAGAAUCGCCGUCGAUCUACCUCCGUCCUCCAGCACCGUCCCUGCCCGUCCGGUUUUGUCGCCCAUUGUUUCAAAGAAAGAUCAAGAGGGAGUUGGAUCUACUGGCAUGAAGUCCCUGAGAGCAUUUGCUCUUCUUGGAGCAGGUGUAUCGGGGCUUUUGAGUUUUGCAACAAUAGCAUCCGCUGAUGAAGCUGAACAUGGUUUACCGUGUCCAAACUAUCCUUGGCCUCACAGUGGCAUUCUCAGUUCAUAUGACCAUGCUUCGAUUCGUCGUGGUCACCAGGUUUACCAGCAAGUCUGUGCUUCCUGCCAUUCCAUGUCCCUAAUUUCAUAUCGUGACUUGGUGGGUGUGGCGUAUACAGAGGAGGAAACAAAGGCUAUGGCAGCUGAGAUUGAGGUGGUGGAUGGGCCUAAUGAUGAGGGUGAAAUGUUUACUCGCCCUGGUAAACUGAGCGAUCGUUUUCCUCAGCCAUAUGCAAAUGAACAAGCUGCUAGGUUUGCUAAUGGAGGGGCAUAUCCUCCAGAUUUAAGUCUUAUCACCAAAGCUCGUCAUAAUGGUCAGAACUACGUAUUUGCUCUUCUAACUGGUUACCAUGAUCCUCCUGCUGGUGUUGCAAUCCGGGAUGGGUUGCAUUAUAAUCCUUACUUUCCUGGGGGAGCUAUUGCGAUGCCUAAAAUGCUUAAUGAUGGUGCUGUUGAGUAUGAAGAUGGUACCCCUGCAACAGAAUCUCAGAUGGGGAAAGAUGUGGUGUCAUUUUUGGCGUGGGCUGCCGAGCCAGAAAUGGAAGAGAGGAAACUGAUGGGAUUCAAGUGGAUAUUUGUACUGUCAUUGGCAUUGCUUCAAGCUGCUUAUUAUAGGCGUAUGAGGUGGUCUGUUCUAAAGUCCCGGAAGCUGGUGCUCGAUGUUGUCAACUAAAUCUCCUCUUUUUCCUCCUAGUAUAAUGCUUGUGGGAUGACUUGCAUUGGCAAUAAUUAUCUUCUAAAGCAAACUAUGUUUUAUUUUUCUUCUGCUGCAAUGAAUUGGUUCAACUCGUCCAUGUUGAUGUGGGUGACCGGAAGGGUCAAAUUUUCAGUUGACAUAGAAAUAAGUGACUCGUAUAAAUGUACGUUAUUCUUUUUGAAUCCUGAUCUGGUUAGUAUUGUUGUUGAAUGCAAAAUUUUCUGGAUGGUAUCCACUGUC